UCAUCUGGUUUAUGUAAAUACAGAUGUUAAGGUCAAGAUAACGAUAAUAUUUCAAUUAAUGAUAAACUUUGACAUUCUCAUAUACAAUAUUUUUUGAUAUAUAAAAGAAGAUUUUCUUUGUUUCGUUGUGAUAAUACAUUAUUAUAAUUCAACAUGCACUUCUCCGUAUUGGCUUUAUUCUUCGUUUUCGCUGUGAUAUCAGCUGAAACUACUCAUGAACAGAUUGAAUCCUACAAAAAAAUACAUGAAAAAUGUCAAUCGGACCCUGCCACUAAAAUCGAUGAAGCUAGCUUCGAAAAAAUGAGACGUGGUGAACAAGUCAACGAUCCCAAUUUGGGAAAACACACACUAUGUAUGCACGUAGGAAGUGGAGUUCAGAACCAAAAUGGAGACAUUAACUUAGAUAAACUCAAACAAAUCGUUGAGGGAGGCAGAAAUGACAAAGACAAAGUGAACGAAAUUAUAAGUAAAUGUGGCACAAGGACUUCUACAAAUGCCGAAGAAGCUGCCAUAGGUUUAUCAGAUUGUCUGAAGAAAUACAGACCCGCACCACCACCAGGUGAACAUCACGGACAUCAUUAAUAAUUUUGUACCUUAAAUUAACUCAAAUAUAUAUGUUUUCUGCAUUA